AUUGGCAGCAAUGCCUUAGGACCGCCAAGCUGGAAGCCAGGGUAGCCGCGGAAGACGCCCCGCGGCCUCGCGGCCGAGUAUAUUCCAUGGAUCAUGUGCUGCUGUGUAUGCCUGAAAUACUUGAAAUGCAAGUUUGGAGAGACUGCCAUCUAAAUGCUUGGCUGGAUUAAGCGCCUAAUUAGGAUGGUUAUUCAACAGGUUGGAGUAAAAAUGGAAUCGGUACUUUGGUCUAGGAAGCCAUAUGGUUCAUCUCGAAGUAUCGUAAGGAAAAUUGGUACUAAUUUAUCUCUGAUCCAGUGUCCAAGAGUUCAGUUUCAGCUUACCAGCCCGACAACAGAAUGGAGCCCCAGUUACCCAGGAGAGGAUUCAGUGGCAUCUUUUGCUGAUGUUGGGUGGAUAGCCAAAGAAGAAGGAGACUGCUCUACAAGACGAAGGACAGAGGUCAGGUCAGGGCAGCCCUUUCAGGAUGACCUUCCCUUCUUUGAGAAGCCCCCAAGCAGGCAGUUUUCCUUACCAAACCUGUCUCCAGAAGAGCCUCAACUGAAGACACCACUGGCGAAUGAGGAAGCACUGCAGAAGAUCUGUGCUCUUGAAAAUGAACUUGCUGCUCUCAGAGCUCAGAUUGCCAAAAUUGUGACCUUGCAAGAACAGCAAAAUCUUACUGCAGUACUGCCCUCUGUCCCACCGCCGCCACCACCACCCCCUCCGCCGCCCCUCCCUCCCUCAACGCUCCACCAAAGUACAUCUGCUAUUGACCUGAUCAGAGAGCGCAGAGAGAAAAAAGCCUGUGCUGGAAAGACGCUGGAUAAGCACAGCCCCAAGAAACCUGAUAUGCCAAAUAUGCUAGAGAUCCUUAAAGACAUGAACAGUGUAAAACUUCGGUCAGUAAAAAGGUCAGAACAAGAUAUAAGGCCCAAACCUGUGGAUGCUACUGACCCUGCUGCCCUCAUAGCAGAGGCUCUGAAAAAGAAAUUUGCUUACCGGUAUCGAAGCGAUAGCCAAGGUGAGGCUGAAAAAGGAAUUUCAAAGCCUGCAUCUGAGGCUACUUCAGAAACAGUGUUGUUUGGGCCACACAUGUUGAAGUCUACAGGAAAAAUGAAGGCUUUAAUUGAAAAUGUUUCAGAUUCCUAAUAGACAAGGACCUGAGAAACCUGAUUCACCUGUUGGUUUGUUAGGGCUAUUUGGCUAGUGGAAAUCAACACUAUCUAGUAAAUACCUGAAUUUAAUAUUCAGUAGUUUCCUUUUAAAUCUAACUACAGGGUUAAGCAAUAGCAAAAGCACUCUAAGUUUAUGUUUGCUUUUUAUAAGAAGGUCAGUUCUGAAGCUUUCCAGAACAUACUUAUAUUCUGACAUAACACAUUUUUAAUGUGUAGUCAGGAUGUUUAGAUUUCCAGUUUUGAAAACAAUUCUAUCAAUCUCAAAAUGAAGAAAGGACAUUUGUAGAUGGGCGUUUUUAACUCUUAACACUAAUUUGUACAAGUGUUCUAUAUGCAUAUAUUUGGACAUAAAGCAGUCUGGGUAAAAGUGUAUAAUGAGGGCACUGUUAUUUGCUUUCAGCAAUUAGUUUACUAGUCAAUGACGGAAGAGCUGGCCUAACAGUUGUUGGAAUGAAAUAUUUGAAAUUGGAAUCUUCUCACCUUGAACAGAACUUUUAUCUUAGAUUUUUCUCUCACAUUUUCUCAGAGAUGGGAUUUGCUAAAAUUCCAUGAGGCUUUCCUUUAAAAAGGGAAGUCACCUCAGUGCCAUCCAGUCUGAGGAAGAAAAUGUAGUUUCCAAAUAGGGAGGAAUCAAAGAAUUGAAUUAAAUCUCUUUUUAAGUAAAAAUCAGAAGGUAACAUGUUUUUCUUUCAGUUUAAUAAAUGGCAUCAUAAAAAUGACUUGUUUGCUAAGUUAAUACUUAUGGAAAUUGUAGGCAUAAUGGAGUUUAAUUUUUUUUUAAUAUUGGUCAAAAUAGUAACUUUAAAAUGGAACACUGAAUAGGUGAAAAUUUUCCUAUCAGGUGUUGAUCAUUGGCCAGAAUGCUGUUUUGUGGAAUCACAUUAUGCAACAUAGACCUUAGCUGUUACUAGAAAGUGGAAAACUGCCUUUCUUUUCUAGCUUGGGCUUCUAAUGAAUUGCUAUAAGUGAUAAAUAUUUGAUAAACCUUCAUGAUCUUUAUUUCUGUUAACCUCAACUCUAGUUAAUGCCAGAAUCUCCUUCCAUGAGUAAAUGGUAGGAUUUAUUAUUUAAAUUUUUAAAAGUUAUUUCCUCUGGUGAGUGGGAGAAUAAUAGGUAGACCUUUUAAGUUAUUGAAAAUAUGUGCAAUGUUCUAGAUGUUAGCAAAUAUUAGUUGAGGAACUUUACAUGGUUUGGUUGUUCAGCUUAAAUUUGAACUGUGGCUUAUUUUACACAUGCUGUUGAUGUACAUUGUUUCUAAUUGUUUUACAUGGUUUAAAAAUUCUGCCUUUAAAAGAAACUCAGAAAGUUACCAGACAUAUUUUGACCACCUAAGAAAUUUACAUUUGUAUUUGUAUUGAAUUUUGAACAGUACUCCAAUAUGAGGAAGUUACUAUUUAGAAAUAAAGCAGACUUUUAUUAUCCUUGGACCAUAAA